GGCCUUUUCUCACUCAAAAGUCUUCGCUUCGCAGCCCUCCUCCCCUCCCAUCCGCUCAACCCACCACCACUUUCCCUUUCUCUCUCUCUCUCUCCUCGCCGCAACCGGCGGCGUCUCCUGACCGUAACGUCGGGGAGCGCGAAAUCGUCGUUCCUGAUGCUUUAAUUAUGCUGCGAUUCGACUCUGUUAAUUGUGUGAGAACGGCGGGAAUUAGGGUUAGGAUGGAGCUGAGGGGGUAACACCUCGAUUUUGUGCUGCUUUUGAUUUUUUUUUAGUUUUGGUGGAGGAAUGUCUGUUGCAGAGCUGAAAGAGCGGCACGCGGCGGCCACGGAAGCUGUCAAUGCCCUCAGAGAUAGGUUGAAGCAAAAGCGGCUUUCUCUUCUCGACACCGACAUUGCGGGAUACGCCCGGUCGCAGGGGAAGACUCCGGUGAGUUUCGGACCGACUGAUCUGGUUUGUUGCCGGACUUUGCAGGGACACACGGGAAAGGUGUAUGCUCUGGAUUGGACGCCUGAGAAGAAUCGCAUUGUCAGUGCAUCUCAAGACGGAAGAUUAAUUGUAUGGAAUGCUCUCACAAGCCAGAAGACGCACGCAAUUAAGCUACCUUGCGCAUGGGUUAUGACCUGUGCCUUUUCUCCCAACGGGCAAUCUGUUGCUUGUGGUGGCCUAGACAGUAUGUGCACUAUAUUCAACCUGAAUUCUCCCACCGACAAGGAUGGGAUCCCGGUAUCUCGAACUCUUACCGGGCACAAGGGUUAUGUUGCAUCGUGCCAGUACGUCCCGGACGAAGAUACGCACUUGAUAACAGCAUCUGGUGACCAAACAUGUGUACUAUGGGACAUAACCACUGGCCUGAGGACGUCUGUUUUUGGAGGCGAAUUCCAGUCCGGACACACUGCUGAUGUUCUAAGUGUGUCAAUCAAUGGAUCCAACUCGCGAAUGUUUGUGUCUGGGUCUUGUGAUUCGACCGCACGUCUUUGGGACACUCGGGUUGCUAGUCGGGCUGUUAGAACAUUCCACGGUCAUGAGGGAGAUGUAAAUACAGUAAAGUUCUUUCCGGAUGGGCAUAGAUUUGGGACAGGUUCGGAUGAUGGAACUUGCCGACUGUUUGAUAUCAGAACCGGGCACCAGCUUCAAGUAUACGAGCAACCAAAUGGUGGUGAUGAGGUGUCACAUGUAACUUCAAUCGCAUUUUCCAUCUCGGGACGGCUUCUUUUUGCUGGAUAUACAAAUGGGGAUUGCUAUGUAUGGGACACUCUUUUAGCACAGCCAGUUUUGAACUUGGGAUCUCUUCAAAAUUCUCACGGUGGUCGGAUCAGCUGUGUGGGAUUAUCUGCUGACGGGAGUGGGUUGUGCACGGGAAGUUGGGACACCAAUCUUAAGAUUUGGGCGUUUGGAGGGUACCGAAGAGUUAUCUGAGAGAGAAAUGCUGCCUGCCUGCCUGCCUGCUUGCUGUAAUUGGCCUGGUACUUCUUGUUCUUCUUCUUCUUCCUGUUGUUGUAAUAUCUGUUUAUCUGUUUUUUUAACAGACAGAAAAGCAAGCAAGAUUCAGUAGAUAAAAAUGAAAAUUGAUGAUAUGAUGGUGAAGCCAAAACAGCUUUAAUGAUUGAAUUGAUUAUGUUAAUGUGCAUCUGCAUCAA